AUGGCGGAAGAUGCCAUGACACAAGGUGGCAGCUCGACGAGGAAGAAUAUACAAGAAGCCGGCUUCUCCGAAGAACUGAAGCAAAGACUACAGGAUAGGAUUGCCGAAAGCUCUUUCAAGAAUGAAAACGCUGCGGCAAUCUCUUUUGCGAACCUUCCGCGGAGCGCGGGUAAAGGAACGCGAGACAUAGCUGCCGCUGCGCCAUGGACAGGGGACGAGAGCAUCCAUGAUGCCGCGCUUCGCAUGCUUGACGAUGCAAGCAAGCCUAUGCGUGUCCCAUUUCGGCCUCCGCAUCCAGGAGGGCCAAUUCCCGCCGUGCACAGGAAGCCCAAACGAAAUGUAUCCUCCGGUGGGCGAUUAGCGGCAGCACGCGAGCGUACCGCAGAAUACACUCUAAAUCAGGAUACAAAUACCUCUAAAGAAGAACGGGAUUCUUUCCGCAAGGAACUUCAAGAGCGCUUCGGACCCGGCGUGUAUUCUUUCCCCGUCUCUAUCCAGGGGCUUAGUUCGUUGGCAAACGAGCGGAUAGAGGACGCAAUGGCGAAGGGUCAGUUUAAGAAUAUCCCUAGGGGCAAGGGGGAAAACGUCAAGCGUGAUCCUACUGCCGACAGCCCGUAUAUCGAUACCACGGAGUAUGUCAUGAAUAGAAUCCUACAGAAACAAGAGGCCACUCCCGAAUGGAUCCAGAAACAGCACUCCAUGCAAUCAGAAAUAAACCAGUUUCGAAGCCGCCUCAGGGAAGACUGGAGAAAUCAUGCUAUUUUAAUGAUUAGAAGCCAGGGGGAAACAAUGGAAACGCAAGUUCGGCGUGCACGCGCCUAUGUCGCCGCGGAAUCUAGACAUAACAAGAUAUUACAAGCUCGUGCCCAGAAUCAACUGAAUGGUUCUGCUGAUAGUCAGGGGCAGCCCUCUACUGCAGGAGGUGAAGAGAUAUCCUCGACUCCCAAUACCGAGCCCCUAGAAGAUCUUCCCUGCCUGAGGGAUCCUCAGUACCUUGCCACGGAGCGAGAGUACCAUGAGCUGAAAAUAAAAAGGCUUAAUGAAUCGAUCCGGUCGUAUAAUCUACAAGCUCCACAGGUUUCGCAGAGAGCGUAUCUUAAUCUCCAGCGGGAGUUGGAUUCAUGUUAUGCUGAUACUGCCCUCGGGCUUCCUGAAGAGAUUAAACGGAGGGCAACGGGGAGAUCCCACAACUCUGGACUUACCAAUGGUCGUCAAGAGGGCCUCGGAGGGUAUCAGCUAUCUCCGGGCUUGGGUCAUAAAGCUCGAAUAUAUGACGAGGACAGUUCUAAGGGCUAUGGCUUCAAGCAGAUGUGGCGAGACUUAUGGGGUUAG